UAUGCACACACACGGAUUUUAAAACCCACGGGUGGUUUAAUAAUAUCCUCGCUUUCUUCUUCGAACUAAAAUGGCGUUGCCCAACACAUAUUCUUUAAGAGUGGAUAUCUUGGACAUCGUAUUCGCGGACGAUGACGGGGAAGAAUUCAGACCGGGGGAUGUCAUGCAAGGUUUCGUCCGUGUCGUGCUCCAACACAAGAAAAGCUUCUUAGAUAUCGACAUCAAAAUCAAAGGAAAAUCGGUAACUCACUGGACAAAAGAUGACAAAUCAUAUGCUUCGACAGAGUACUUCUUCAAAGACAGUUGGAUAUUGUACGGCGAAGUCCAAGGAGAUAAAAGUCCCAAGACACUCUCACCCGGUGAACACAGAUUUCCUUUCCAGUAUCGACUACCAGAUGCCCUGCUUCCGCCUAUCAUCCGGAAGCAGUCGGGAGAGGUCAGCUAUAACGUCCGGGUCAAGAUUCAUCGGUUGAAUGACAAACCUGCUCACAAGGUCAAGAGACAGUUCAACAUCAAAAGAGAUCUGGACUUGAAUGUUGUGGAUGAUAUUCUGGAACCGGUGAUGAGGGAAAGCACCCAGACGCUGACGUCAUGCUGUUGUCACGUGGGUCAGGUCACAGUAAUGGUGGGGAUAGACAAGGGAGGCUACGCCACGGGGGAGCCCAUCAUCCUCUCCGGGCAGGUGGAGGAUGACGAUGAAAGUACAGAUCGGUACGACAUCCAUGCAGCACUCGUACAGGUUACGACAUUUAAAUCUAAAGAAGGCACAUUGACGACUCGUGACGUCAUGAUUACGUCAGUAAUGUCAGGUCACGUGGCAUGUGAGCCUCGACGCCUUUCAAAUCAAGCCAUCUUCUUGCCCAGAGACCUGACACCGUGUGCCUUCCAAGGAUGUUCAAAUAUCGCAUUGGAUUAUGAGCUUGAGAUCAAAGCAUACCUUGGCGGCAGCAAGCCUGUAGCUACGUUGAGCUUCCCCAUCAUCAUCGGCACCAUACCGGCACAUCGGACCAUCCAGAGGCCGCAACCACCUCCAGCAUUCUCCGUGAGACCACUCCCCGCGUCAUACCAUGGACCAAGACCGUCAGAUAUAGAAGGGCAGUCAGCAUCUUCAAAUGGUCUGCCACCGAGCUAUGAGACUGUCAUGAAAGAGAAACAAACUGGGGGACCGACAGAAGAUGAGAAAGAAAGACUCUCGGUCGUUUCUGGCAGCACGCCCUCUUCGCCAUUGGUUCAAGGAGAUAUGAAACAUUAUGGCGUGUUCUAGCAUUGACUUCUAUCAUCAAUUUCCCAACGAGAAUGAAAGAUAGCACAUUCCUGAAUGUGUAUUUUGUCUUAGGACUGUGGAACGUGGUACCUGGUAAUUGGUAUCAUCAAGAAGAACAGUUGAGACAGUCCAGAACAGAAAUGAAAGCGGGUUGUUUCCGUCGUUGAAAAUGGAGAACAAAUUUUUGCAAUAUGAAUUUGUUAAUUAAUUAAAAGCAUGGCGUCUGGAUAUAUGCAUUUUUUUACUUUCCGUCAUCCCAUCAAAUUCGUCAGUGACUAAUUGAGAAGCAAUCAAUAUGUGGUCUCCAAAGCAAAUGCAUAUACGUUUUUACUUCUGAAGUUUUAUUAUCAGGCCCGUGCAUCUCCAGCACGGUGAAAUCAUGUAAAGAGCUAGGAGAGACAGUCAGAAUCACCAAUUGCAUGAUUUCUAUCUGCGCACACGCAGCCCCAUAAUGUACAGAGGGAUUCCUCUUUUCUGGUAUCCUCAAAUGGACCAACCACCCGGAGCAUAAAGAUGAAGGGGAUUCUAUCUAGAAACGAUGCGCUGGGGGAAUUCAGCAUCCCGUUGCUUAGCAACAUACCCAAGACGUGAAAGAAGACAAUUAUCCGAUACCAUCAAUGCCUCCGCACAUGCGAUGUAUACCUUCGUUUGAAUCAUUGGAGGAGCAUGGCUGGUGAGGCACCAGAACAUUUGUGAAUAUUGGCUGGAAUCUUGUGCUCUUGUCAUAAUGAUGUAGUGCAAGUAGCAAACAGUGGAAGAAAAUUACCCAAUGCGAAAUUUGCGAAUUUAGUGAUUUUAAGUGUUUUCACCGUAAUUCAGAACUGUCCAUCAUACCAAUGACUGAAAAAAACUGAAGUGAACACGCCCGUUUCCAUGCCUUGUUUAACUCUAGAUGAUAAACAGAUGAAAAAGUCUUGGUGUAAUAGGUAGACAGACAGAAAGUGAAGCCUGGUAUGCAGAAUUCAUUACUAAAACUGACAUUAAUUUUGUCAACUUUCCCCAUACAUGGUUGGUGAAGCCAGACGUAACUCUGUGGAGCAACAGUUGAUGCAAGAAUUUUAAAUUUCGGUCUUGGUGCAAGAUAGAGAGGAGGAUAUGAGAACGUUUAAGAAAUUAUAUAGUUAUUAUGGAUAUUGUAAAUUCAGAAGUCUAUAUUGUGAAUAGUACAUUAUCUAUGUACAUAGAGUGUUUAUUAUGACGUCAUUGAUGUGCAAUUAAGUCGUUUUGGCAAAGCUGGAAUUCAGGGUAUGCAGGAUAUUAUAUGGAGAUAAUUUAUAUUUAUAUAUUAUUUAUGUCAUAUAUUAUGUAACCCGUUGGCCCAAAACUACCAAAAGAGUCGCUAAAAAUAUUCGUUGGUUAAUUAACCAGCUAUUCCAAACAUUCCUAAGAAUCAUAACACUAAUUACUCCAAUAAAAAUCGCCACUCCAAUUUCAUGUUAAACUAAAAGCUAUUAGUGGCAUCUAUUUAGAGAAAUCACUCUUUUUUGGCUCUGUUGCUACUCUAUGGUGGUUUUGCGCCGUCGGGUCACAUAAGAUUGUGGUUUAUAUAAGUGCUGUAAAUUAUAAGCCAUCUUUUAUUGAUGCAUGGGUAUGAUGAAUUGAAUUAAAACAACUUUAUUAUAACA